AUGUGUCAACCAGCUGCAGCUACAGGUAUUCGCGGGCCACGAGCUACACAGCUGGAUGCGGCUGGAACGGAUGGCAAAGAUGCACAAGUUACAGAUCAUGGCGGAUGGUCUGAUUACUCAACCUGGAAAAAUGUCUGGGGUUGUACUAAAACUUGUGGGGGAGGAACCCAGUCUCAGCGAAGAACUCGCACCUGCACCAACCCUGCUCCAACCGCUGUUUAUGGUAACGACUGCACUGGUUCGGCAACCGAAACACGAAGUAUACCGUGCAACACGAAUGCUUGUCCAGUGGUCGGUGGCUGGAGUGACUGGUCCAGUUGGGAUAACCAGGGAUCAUGCUCCAGCACAUGCGGUACUGAUGGAACGAUAACCCAGAGGAGUACUCGCACCUGCACCAACCCCAGUCCAGCUAACGGGGGAGCUCGGUGUAGUGGAAACACAUACAAGCUGCGUUCUGCUACCUGCAACAGAACCCCUUGUCCGAUUGAUGGCGGCUGGACGGAUUUCUCUAGUUGGGACAACGUUGGGACGUGUUCUGUAUCUUGUGGCGGAGGAGUUCAGACCCAGAGGAAGACUCGCUCGUGUACCGACCCCACACCUCAAUAUAAUGGCGCUGCCUGCAGUGGAAGCACGAGCCAGACACGAACCAUAGCUUGCAAUUCACAGUCCUGCCCAGUUGAUGGUGGCUGGUCAGACUUUUCCGACUGGGUUGACGAGGGCGUCUGCAGUGCCGAAUGUGGGGGAGGAGAUCAGCGCCAGACACGCGAGCGUACGUGCACCGAUCCCGCCCCGGCCUACGGAGGAGCAGAGUGCAGCGGUGACAACACACAGACACAGACCAUCGACUGCAACACCCACAACUGCCCAGGGGUCUGCAGUGCCGAAUGUGGGGGAGGAGAACAGCGCCAGACACGCGAGCGCACGUGCAGCAACCCCGCCCCGGCGUACGGAGGAGCAGAGUGCAGCGGUGACAGCACACAGACACAGACCAUCGACUGCAACACCCACAACUGCCCAGUCCAUGGUGGAUGGUCCGACUGGACGGAGUUUGCCGACGAGGGAGAGUGUUCUGUAUCUUGUGCGGGUGGUGACCAACAGCAGAGGCGGGACAGGGAGUGUAACAGCCCCACCCCAGAACAUGGGGGUCGGGACUGUGAGGGAGACAGCGCCGAAACCAAAUCGGUACCCUGCAAUACACACGAGUGCCCAGUUCAUGGCGGUUGGUCAGAGUGGUCUGACUGGACUUACGAAGAUGAGUGCCCUGUGACAUGUGGCGGAAGUCCGGUGAUGGAGUCGAGGUCAAGGUCAUGUGAUGCACCAGCACCUGCUCACGGGGGUGACGACUGCGAGGGUUCUUCGACUGAAAACAGACCAGGCCAAUGCAACAACAACCCAUGCCCAGUGAAUGGGGGAUGGAGCGACUGGUCGGAAUGGUCACAGGACGGCGAAUGCUCGGUUUCCUGCGGCGGUGGCACCGUCAAUGAGCGUCAAAACCGACGAUGUGACAACCCUGCACCUGCUCAUGGCGGGGCGGAAUGUGACGGCGAUGACGUGAACACAAGAGACGCCGAGUGCAACGCCCAUGAGUGCCCAGUUGACGGUGGGUGGUCCGACUGGUCCGACUGGAGACUUGAUGGUCAGUAUACAGUGGCUGGAAACAUGGGCACAGCAAACAUGAUCCACGAUCGAACUUGCACCAACCCUGCCCCAGCCUUCAACGGGAAGGAGUGUGAGGGCCCGAGCAAGGAGUUUACCCAGGCCUCCUGUCCUGUGACGCAGUGCCAGGGCAUCUGUGACGACUCCUCCGCCACCUACGCCUACCCUGGAGAGUACACAGCCUACUACGGUUGUAACAAAGCAGGACAGAUGGCCAAGAAGACGUGCCCGUCCAGGGAACACUACAACUCUGACGAUAGCCGCUGUGUCCGGACCUGUAACCCGACUGGGGUCUCGAGGAAGAUCCACCCAGGGCGCAAAUGCAACAAGUUUAUUUUCUGUGUAUUUGGCAACCCCUGGGAGAUGCCAUGCUUUGGUCAGGACGCUAAUUGCCCCACUGACUGUGUUCAGUAAUUUUUCAAUUAUACCAAAAUCAUAAUCUCGUGGUAGUAAAUACAGUACUGUAGUACAGAAAUUUCAUCAUCUGAUGUAUUGGACUUGUCUAAUCACUUCCUUUCUAUUAUAAAGGGGCGAUGGGGUAGCCUAGUGGUUAAAGCGUUCGCUCGUCACGCUGAAAACCCGGGUUCGAUACCCCACAUGGAAACCCUGUGUAAAGCCCAUUUCUGGUGUCUCCCGCCAUGAUAUUGCUGGAAUAUUGCUAAACGCGGCGUGAAACUAACUCAUUUACUAACUCCUAUCUGUUAUUUGCAAUUGAGUUAAUUUGAAAGUAUAACAUGCUGACGUAUUUUAGAGCCAACUGAUGCAGUAUAGCUGAUCAUUAUCAACAAGCCAUUAUUCUAUAAAAUGAGUGUCAAUCAGUCCAGAUCGGAAUUAGUGUAUUCAUCCUGAUUUUGUUCUUAAUGUUUUUGAAAGCCACGGGUAUAUCUCCAGUCCUAUUGUUCAUUAAUAUGUGAUUCAAGAAAACCGGAAUAAGUGUUUUCACUGUU